AUGUGGGAAUUCGCGGUGCCGCUCUUUCUCCUAGACUCCUCGUACACUGCCACGUCAGCUUCCUCUUCCUCCUCUACAGUCACCUCCGGUAGUAGCGCCGGAUCAGCCUCUUUGCUCCUCGUGGCGCUUUACGGACUUUCCGAGUCGCUCGCGAUGUCUUUAUUCUCCGUCCCCAUAGGAACGUGGGUGGAUCUUUGUCCGCGUUUACCACUAGCUGCCUUCGCUAUCUCCGCUCAAAAUGCCGCUCUGUUUCUCGCCGCGAUUGCCGUCGCCGCUCUCCUCUACCUCGCCGACUUUCUCGCCGCACCCGCCGCCGCAAGUUCCGCUGGGCCUGAUCUUUUCGCAUGGGUGACCGGAGCAGCCGAAACGGGAGCUGACGUGGCGCUGGUGGCGGCGGUUUGCGUGCUGGGCGCUGCGGCUGCUCUCGCCGGAUUGGCGCGCGGGAUCGCGGUGGAACGUGAUUGGGCAGUGGUGAUUGCGGAUUGGGUUUGCGAGCAGGAAGGUGCUGCGAAUUUGAAAAGGGGAUGUGGGCGGCAGGGGGGAUGGGAGGACAGGGGGCAAGACGAAAGGGAGAGAGGAGGGGGAGUAGUGGAGGUGGUGGUGGGAAAUGAGGAGGAUGCGACUAAAACGCAGGUGCCGUUCGAUAACGGGGAGGCUUGUAGCGAAUCAGCGCGGCGGGAGAGAGAGGAGGGGGGGAGGGACGGGGGGGGAGAGCAUCACUUGCGGACACACGUUGUAGAAGAGAGUGGAGUCAGCGAAGCAGGGGGGGGAGGGGAUGCGGACGCUAAUUGCCGGGACAAGGCAGCGCAGACACAGGAGGUUCUGACUGUGCAGCAGCAGGGGCAGCAGGAGGGGAGGGAGGGACAGCAGGGACAGCAGAGACAGGAGCAAGAGCAGCAGGGGAGGGAGCAGCGGGAGCGCGUGCGAGCGCGGCUCAACUCCACUCUUCGCACCAUCGACCUGCUCUGCCGCCUGCUCGCCCCGGCCGUCACUGGCGCCCUCAUGGCCGCUGCUGUCUCUGCAUCCACGUCCGCCUCCGCCUCCGCCGCCUCCCCCUCCGCCACUCCCCCUUCCGCUGUUACAUCUCCAGCGUCGCCCGCACGUCACGAGUUACUGCCCGUGUCGCUGCCGCUCGCCAUGGCAGUGUGGGUCCUCGUGGCCGCUGCUGCGGAGCUGCUGCUGCUGGCGCUUGUCCACUCGCAGGUGCCCGCGCUGGGGGAGAGGCGCAAGGAGAGAGCAGGGGAGGGAAUGGUGGAGGACGAAAGGGCUGGUGAGAGGGAGAGAGAAAGUGAGGGAGGGGAGGAGGAAGAGGUGGAAGAAGAGGAGGACGAGGAAGCGGAGGAGGAAGAGGAGGAGGAACAAGGGAGAGGGAGAGGGGUGGGGCGUGGAGGGGAUGAUAAGAAUGGAGCGUUGGAUGUUAAGAGCUCGGCAAGCGGAGCCGCGGCUGUCACCGGCGUGCUUGGGGCAACCCUCUUCCCGAGCCUCUGCGCCAGGCUCGGGCCGAGCCGGACCGCCGAGGCUUCCGUGUGGUCGCAGCUGGCGUGCCUCCUGCCGUGUGUCGUCGCGGGAUUGGUUCUCCAAUCGUCAGGGCCGAUACCAGCAGUGCUGCUGAUGGCAGGAGUGGUGCUCUCAAGAGCUCCUCUCUGGGUGUUUGAUCUGUCUGUGCUGCAGAUGGUGCAGGGGGCGGUGGUGGAGGAGGAGAGAGGCGCGGUGGGGGGAGUGCAGGAGUCGUUGCAGCAGGGAAUGCAGCUGGUAGCGCUGGUGCUAGCUGCGGUGAUCAGCAGACCGAGGGAUUUCUGGGUGCUGACGACGGUGUCGGGAGGGGCUGUGAUGCUGGCUGCGGUGCUGGUGAGUGUGGAUCGUAGGCUGAGGGGAAUCUUGAGACGAAUCAGGAGAGGUGGUUGGCAGAGGCAGGCCGAGGGACUCAUGGGAGUUGACGGCAGGGCUGGGAGCGGCGCAGGUGCAGAUGAGGUUUAG